AUGACAGUCUAUGACCUUGCCUACGCCGCUGCCAAGCUCCAGGCCACAAAUGAGCAAGACUAUGUCAACGGCAUGCUUGGUGUAACCGGCCUGGCUAUCAACCCUGAUUGCACGCAUGACAAGCCACAGUAUGGCCCAUGGACGGAGCGGACCCUUAAUUUCUGUGAACUCAAGUUUCUCUUUAUGGCAGGUAUUGGCUUCUUUGACUACCCAGCUGGCUGUCCAACAUGGUUCCCCACUUUUCCGGCAUAG